AUGUAUGAGGCUAGGGUAGAGUCCAGACCUACGUCAAGAUCUUCAGCUGCGUCUCCUCGAGUCGAGUCCCCGAUCUCAUCAUCUAGAAUAGAGUCCCCAGCCUCUUCUAGGAUUGAGUUCCCAGUCUCGUCGUCAUCGUCUCAGGUUGAGGCCUCCAUCGUCCCCCAGGUUAAGUCCCAAACGCAAAGCUCUCCGCAAAGAAGACAGGCCGAACGUGGCUUUGACCCUUACACAAUUGAUCAACGCUAUACUUCGUCCUCAAGUAGCAGUGCAGUCAACAACUCUGUGUCCUCCAGAGAUGCUGACUGGGAGCCCUACAAGGACCGUGCCCAUGAGCACCUCAAAUGGGUGGAGCGUGCUACCAAGCUCAUGGACGACCGCAACUUCCCCAGAGAUGCGGCCGCCAUGAAGAACCUGCGUGCUGAUUUCCAACGGUUCCAAUCUGACGAAGUCCCCAUGAAGCGAGAGGAAAAGAACCGUCUUAUCUCAGAUUACAGAGCUCAAGAGCGCUCGAUGAAGGCUACAGGCAACUUCCGUCCCCCGGUUGGCCUGCAGCCCAAUGACCUUGAGGAUGCGUGGAGCCGUCUCUCGUUGGCCCAGCAACAGAGAGAUAGCAUGCUGAAAUCAGAGAUCAACAAGCAAGGCAGUUUGGACAACCUGGCUGAGCACGUGACCCGCCAGAUCGAACAAGUCUCCAGCGAUCUGACGACCAUUGAACAACGCAUCCAGGAAUCUGACGGAAAGGCAGACAAGAUGAGCGCUACCGAUGUCCGUUUCCUGAUUGACGACAUCGAGAGUGCAACAAAGACCUGUGAGAACAACAUGCGUAUCUUGGACAAAGAGAUACAGCAAUUGAGAGAUGGUCAACACCACAUGGCCCCGUCCCUAGCCAAGAAAGUUGACGAGCUCCAGAACAAACUGCUGGCGGUGCGUAACUACCAGAUCGCCGGCAAGACCCAGAGUGUGACCACCCGCACCACCGUCAAAGGGGAGCAGAUCCGCGUGGAGCGUCGCGUGCAGCUCCACACCGAACGCAGGAUCGUGGACCCCAAGAUCUAUGGAUUCCUCAGUGAAUGCUCCAACUGGGUGCAGAGUAAAUCGGUGUCCAUUCGCACUGCCCAGUGUGGUCAAGAUCUGAACUCGGUCCAGACGGCCCUAGCCCAGUCCAAAGCUGACCUCCAGGUGGUCAAAGAGUUUGGGGUCAACAUUGAGAGAUGCAGAGCUGUCCAGAAAAACUUGACAGGAGAAGAUUUGCAACGCUACACAGAACAGAUGAACAAACUUGAUGAGGAAUACAGACAACUUAUGGACCAAUCGGUGAACCGAGUCGGUGACAUGGAAGCCUUGCUGGACUUUGUUCAAGCAGCCACCAAGGAACUGAUGUGGCUCGACGAGAAAGAGGAGAAUGAGGAAUCCAGAGACUGGAGUGCCAAGAGCAUGAACAUUGCUGAUCUUGAAAAGUACUAUAAGAACCUGGUCAAAGAAGUUGAGAUGCGGAAGCGACAGUUUACCAGCGUCCAACAGCGAGGGGAGAAGAUGGUCUUGGAUAGGCAUCCUGCUACCGAGACUAUCAGUGCUUACCUGUCUACCAUGCAAAGCCAAUGGAACUGGCUUCAGCAGCUCCUUGUCUCCUUGGAAACCCAUCUGAAAUACGCCGCAGAGUACCACCAGUUCUUCCACGACACUCGAGAGUGCGAUCACUGGAUGGGUCGACAGGCCGAGCUCCUCAAUGUCAGGUACGAUCGACCCGAUCUCAAGCUGGGCGAGGCUGAAAAGCUGCUCCAGGAGUUGAAGGAGCUUGAGACACGCCUAUCAGAGUACCGGGUGAUCGUGAAGGACCUGACGACGAGGAGCGGGAGAAUAGUUCCUCUCAAAAAGAGGAGGCAAAAGAUACAUUCCAGUAUACCGGUUACAGCAGUGUGUGAUUACGCAGGCAUUGACAUUCACAUUCAGAAAGGGGAGAGGUGCACCCUAACUGAUAAUUCCCACCGAAUGAAAUGGAGAGUCAUAAACAGUCUUGGGCUAGAAGGGUUCGCUCCUGGAAUCUGCUUCCUCAUUCCCCCACCGAACAACGAAGCCGUAGAUGUAGCAAAUAAACUUGAGGAUCAGCUAAACAGGUUACUGGCAUUGUGUCGUUCCAAGCAAACAAAGUUGAGGACUUGGAUGAGCCAACAGCAGAUAUCCCAGGGUGUGGAGACAGUCAGGCAAUGGACCUUAGAACAGUUUAAAGGUAUGGAGCCUGCGCAGCGUCAAGCGACCAUUGCCAAGCUCAACCAAAGCAAACAGCAGCUUGAAGAGGUCGCUGCAGCAACCACCACACCAAAAGAACCCGUGCCACUCCAGCCAGAGGUCCUGAGGCAACAGCCCCAGGUGGAAGUGCAGGCAGAGGUCAGGGGUCAUGACCCCGAGGUCAUAGGUCGACAGGAGGUCAAGGAGGAUUUCUUGAAUGAGGACCUGAUAAGGGAGGUGGAGAGUUGCAACCAACUGAUCGACGAGAUGUCGGCAAGGUCCCAGAAUGGUUCUGCUCCUGAUGUAGAAUCUGGGAGACUCCUGGGUGACAUCGAUGCCAUGAUCGAUAAACUAGAAAGGGAAGAUUCCACCUUGAGAACCAGAGACAAGGACCCACUUCCAAGAACUGCUUCCCAAGCAGACGAUACAUUCCAAGAACACAAGAAAUACCAUGCGGUACUGACCAGUGACCAACCAAAGUACGACACGCUGAUCCUAGCCUGCGAUCAGCUCCUGGCUAGUAAGAAGAAGAAGAAAGAAGCCAAGGAGGUCAAAAAGAAGAAGGAGAAACUGGAAGAGGCUUGGGAUAAAACCAUCUCACACUCAUACACAUCUACACAAAGAAUGUCUCUCAUGGCUGACCUCUUACCAAACUUGACCCGGGUCGAUGAAUUCCUCACGAGCUGCGAGAACAUCCUCAGGGGUCAUGACCCCAUGUCAUGUGACCUUGACCGACAUCAAGCCAUUUCCGAUCAAUUACAGGAAAUACAACGAACACUGCCACCAUUCCAACCCGUCGUCGACCAGUUGAACUCUGACCUGAAGCACAUCCGAGAGACCAUGGAGGGCGCUGUUCGGAUGGACGCAGACCAACUCCAGAAGGAAGUGAAAUCGGUGAAUGAGAGAUGGGGAGAGGUCUGUUCCCAGUCUCACCAAAGAUUAGAAAAGCUUGACCAAUCUGGCGACACCCUCCACAAGUUUACUGACGAUAUGACCACUGACCUUACAGCAGCAGUUUGUUGCGGCCGGGAGUUUAACCAAGAGGUCGCUGUGCACGAACCAAGGAUACUCCGUGUGAAUGAAGCCGGUGAGACAUUCAUUACACAGGCAGAGUCCUAUGAUGCUGUACUUGAAAAAUUCAGGGCCACCAUGGAGAACUUCCAUGGCCCUGCUCCUGCCAAACAUCCCAGAAUGCAACGGGGUGCAGACGUAGCUCGAGAAGAGCUUGACGCCCUCAACACGCGGUACAGAUCUUUGGUUGCUACGGUGACGGAAAGGGUGGACAACAUCAGCGCUGUCGGCAAGAAGGAAAAUAAAAAGGCCAUUAUUGAGCUUCAUGCUAGUCCCGAGAUGUACCAAUUAUUUUCACCCACCCGCCGGAACAUCGUGACAAAGAAAGUCUUCGAAGGAUUGCCAAAACAGCGCAGUCAAGCCUUCUUGACUUUUGAUGGGUCCACCCCUGUGGAGCCUUCUGCCGCAAGAGGGGGCUAUAAUCUGCGUGUGAGGAUGGAAACCCCAUCUGGGAAACCCCAAAUGAUUGAUCCUUAUGUGGAGACUGUAAUCGCUGACACACUGCGAAGUCACGAUCCGUCAGGUCUAGGUCUGAGAGAAGAUGAAGGAAUUCCUAAACCUCGUAGCGAAGCAUUCCUGACCUUUGAAGGCCGAUCAAUUCCUGUGCAGCCUUCUACCAGUAGAGGGAGCUAUGACCCAAGGUAUGGUUUCCCACUAGAAGCUUCUGGUGGAACAUCUAGCCUGAUGAAUCCAUCCAUUGAAGGUAGGAUAGAAGUCACUCAGCAGAACCUCGAUCAGACAACCCCUAUGGAGAGUCUGGAUGGCAGCAGCAACACCCGCACAAUUCAUAUCCGUAAGGUCCACACAGUGCGUACUCUGGAAAGCCAGGAUCCGGCAUCUGUACUACCUCUGCAGACCAGGAGUGACCUGUCUGCAGAUGCUGCAAAAGUCAGUGGUACUUGGCAAAGCUUAGUUGAGGUGAGUACUGAUUUGAAUCCUGUGGAUGCAAGCAGUGACAGUAUGUUUCAGGUUGGUCACGACCAUUCUGUAGGCCUGGUGCAGAGUCUUCAAGCUGUAGGUGUGAAACCUGACACGAGUGAUCCAUCUGCAGAGAGCAAGGUAGCCGAUGAAGAGCAGAUCACAGGACUGGUAAGUAUUUCAUCCAAACUUGCCACACUUGAUAGAAGCAGAGCUACCCGUGCCAUGCUACAGUACCCAGAACCUGUGUAUAUGGAACUCCAACUGACAAACCUACAUGAGACCUUAGAAGUCGAUGCAACGCCAAACGAGACUUUGGCAAGCCAUAGCGUGGGACCUCGUGAAAGCCUCUCAAAAGAAUGCAGUACAGCUUACCUGAUGCUAGAAGCUCAACCUACCUGUACCCUUCUUAUUGACAGACAGGCCCAAGGUGUGCAAAACAAGGAUGAGAUAAGCUUGAAGACAAGGGAAGAGAAUGACACCUCCAAACCUAAGCUUUAUAUCCGUGAAACUCAUUUUGAUCCUAUAGUGCUUAGCUCUGAUAAUUCUAGGAAACAGGAGUGGAGUGAGCCAUCUGAGGAAGCCAUAGUUGACUGUACAGUACUAAGUGUUGAUGAGGCCAUGCCUGCCAUCAAUUCUGAGGAAUGGGAUGACGGCAUUGAGCAGUUGGUUAAUAUCAGCAGGGUCCAUUUUGCACACCCUUUUGAAAGUCCAGAAGCAAAGGUUGUACAACUUGAUAAGAGUCUUCCAUCUGUAGAGACCAUUAUUGAGGAUAUUAAACAAAAGUCGGAUGAGGACAUCACCCUUACAUUAGGUAGGCUAAACAGACUGGUGUUUGAAUCAGGGGAAGCACAAAUGGUUGACAGAUCAACGGAGGAUACUAUAGAAGACCAGCCGCAAAGCUUGGAGUCUAAAGACACUGGAAGACAUGAAAAGAUUGACUUUUCUGUCGGUGUCAUGAUGGAUAGUACAUUUUCUACCGUGGAGCAAGAAAUACCUGAUAGGAAACUUGGUGAAGAGGAGGAAAGUUUUGACUGUACUGUUCUUAAUCUUGAAGUCCAAAGUGUUCAUGCUGUUGUAAUUCCAGAAGAAGAGGCUUUGCAACAUGAAGAGCAUGGUCCAUCUGUAAAAAGCCUGAAUGUCAAUACUAAGCAAGAGUCUAUCAUAGAUGAUAGCAAUCACCAAGCAAUUGAUGACCUGAUUGAAUUAAUGAUGAGAGAUUGGUGCGAAGGCAUAGAUAUUGAGAAGGGAUGUUCUGAUGGGCAAUCUGGUAGAGCUGAUGAAUGCACAGAAUCUGUGUUUGUGAAAGAUGUAAAGAUGCAUGACCCAGUGCUAUUCGAAUCAGCCAACAUACAAGAAAGCCCGGAGGGUGGUGAAACUAAGUCCCAUGUGAUUGCAGGACUUGCAGAUGCCAUGAUAAACUAUAGUGAUGGAGUAAAGAAUAGAGGUGAAGAAACUUUAGGUUCACCUCUCUUGACCAUCCCUUCUGUCGAAGAGAUUAUCGCAGACGCAAACCAAAAUGUGCUCGAAGAAGUACCCACAGUGAUAAAUGAUACAUUCGAUAAAAGCAAUAGGCAAUUGUCUCAGAUCAAUCAAGAGCAAAUAGGGCGUGAUUUGGAAAGUCGCCAAUUGAAGGUUCUGCAAUUUGAAAAGAAUGAUUCGUCACUAGAGACUAUGAUAGGUGAUACUGUCGAAGAGGUUAUAGCAGAUGCAAACCAAAAUGUGCUCGAAGAAGUACCCACAAUGACAAAUGAUACAUUCGAUGAAAGCAAUAGGCAAUUGAUGCAGAUCAAUCAAGAGCAAAUAGGGCAUGAUAUGGAAAGUCGCCAAUUGAAGGUUCUGCAACUUAAAAAGAACGAUCAAUCAGAAGGGAUUACGGUAGGUGAUGCUGAAGACAGCUGGGAUGUGGAAGUGUUUGGUGACAUCCCUAAAGAAGAUGGCAAAAAUGGGGAGCAGUGGGUUCAUGUUAGCGGAUUAGAUAUUGAAGUCCCUGAAGUUGAUGCGGAGCAACUUGAAAAGAGUGAUCCAUCAGGAGAGAAUAUUGUAGAAGAUACGAAACAAAACUUGGAUAAGGGAUUGCCAGAGAGGAAAGCUGAAACGAAGGAAGAGAGCAGAAGCCACACGAUUCAAGGACGUAUGCUUGAUACGUUCCGUAGGUUCAAAAGCCUUGUGUUUGAAUCUGGGGAAGCCAAGGCGAUAGAUCCAUCACCAAAGAUCUUGAAGACUGACAAACCACAAGAAUCUGUGGCUGAUGCUGGAAAACCUGAAGGGAUUGACUAUACUACCGAUGCCACUCUAGAUGGUGGAGCGCCUGGUAUGAAACAGGAAAUACAUGUACCUGAAGUGAAAGUUGAUAAAGAGGAAGAAAGCAUGAGUCGCUCUGUUCUUAGUCAUGAAGUUCUUAUUUUGGAUACCUUGGAAACCUCAUACAAAAAGACUGCACAACUUGACGAAAGUAGUUCAUCUGAAGAAACCAUGUCAGUCAAAGCAUCAGAAAGGUUGGAGACUGAUAGGGGUAAUCGUUCAAUAAUUGACAACCUUGUGGAUGCAAUGAUGAACCAUGUGGUUGAAAGCAUAGAUGUUGAUAAAGAAUGUCCUGAUAUGAAGUUUGACAUAGCAGAUGAAUGUCCCAAGUUUGAAGUUGUGAAACAUGAAAAGAUUGAUGACUCGGUAGUUCCUGUAGCAGCUAACUCAAAUGAGAGCUCGGAAAUAGAUGCUGAUGUAUCAAGACCCCAAGCAGUUAAUAGACUUGUAGAUGUCAUGAUAAGCAUUGGGGAUAGGAGUAUAAGUGUAGGUGGGGAAACACAUAUUGUGACAGCAAGCAAUAGUCUUACUAUCCAUAACCAAGAAGCAGAUGAUAUCUAUGCUCGUUCACCUGAAAGCAUAGAGUUUGAAAUCAUUCAAUGUGAGGAGAACAUCCCGCCUCGCUUCAAACUAUCUACUGUGGAAAUGACUGUAGACAUUACCAAUCAAAUUGGAGAAGCAUAUCCUGAAGCAAGGGAUGAUGAAGAUGAUGAAAGAAUGGACAGAUCGAUUUAUAGUCAUACAGCAUAUGCAGUGCAUGUUCCAGGAAGUCCAGAAUUGGAAACUCUGCAACCUGAUAAGAGCGAUCCAUGUGUUGAAUCUGCAUUUGUCAACCCACAGGAAUGCUCGGAGGUCAAGGAUGUGGAACUCGAAAGGGUUGAUCCACAAUGGACAGCACAACCAUCCAUGGAUUUGUCAAGUCUCUAUGUGGAAGCUGGCCAUGAUUCGCAGAAAGAGUGCAGUACAGCUUUCCUGUUGUUAGAGGGCCAGACAAUCUCUUGGCAAGCUUCAUUUAAUAGCGAGACCCCAGAGGCUGAAGACAUUGAAAUCCAAAUGAAUGCUAAUGAUGAGAUCUCCACCGAUCUGUCUGAGAGCCAGAAUUUGGUAAUCUUGAGUGUUGAGCCUUGCCAAGAAAUGCCUAAGGAAUGCAGUACUGCUUUCCUUAUGUUGGAAGGCCAGCCAAUAUCUUGGCAGGCUUCCAUCAAUAGAGGUGCACCUGGUGAUCAGGCCAGCAACCACGCUUCAGCUGAAACACCACAAGCAAUUGAUGAACCAAACGAGACUGUGUUACAGGAUACACGGCAAACCCUGGUUCAGGCUAUUCCAGACAUGAAAAUCAAAGAACAGAAUGGAGAGGGCAUUCAUGUGUCUUCCAUCAGUGGAGAUGAUGCUGAGCCUAAACUGUUGAAUCAGGAUCUUGAUUUAGGGGAGGUAGAAAAGAGUGAACACUCUGUGAACAUAUUUGAAAGUAUCGAACAAAGUAUCAGCAUGGAAUUGCUUGAUGCCAACCCUGAUGAACACAAUGGUACCAGUCAGCAGAUGAUUAAAAGCAGUAGUUUCCAUAUUGCAAAUACCUUUGAAAGCCCCGACGUUAAUGUAAUCAAGCAUAGAAGUCGGGAUCCAUCUGUAGAUGUUCAAGAAGAUGAUUCUCGAGAAAUUUUGGAUGGGGAAGUACUUGCCUUGAACCCUUAUGAAGUUUAUGACAGUAGUGAGCAGUGGAUUAGUAUUGGUGGAGUGGAUAUUGCAGAAGAGGCUGUGCAGCCUCAAGUGAGUGAUUCACCUGUAGAGAAGAUCAUUGAUAUUACUGGACAAAGAUUAGAUGAAGAAAUAAUUGUUGACUUUCCUGAAGAAGAGGAUGAAAGUGGUGAGCAGUGGUUUCAUAUUGGUCCAGAGGAUGUUGAAAGACCGAGAUCAAAUGAUGUGCUUACUGAAAAGAGAGAUGAUUCCGAAGGGUACAUUCUAGAUGAUACUGAACAACACUUGGAUGAGGAAAUCCCUGAAAGGACAGCUGAUAAGGCAGAAAGCAGCAAGGGUACGAUUCAUGGGCAUAUGAUUCAUAUGGUGCGUAAAUUCAAAGGUCUGGUAUUUGAGAAUAGCGAAGCCCGGACCAGUGACCUGUCUUCAGUGAUCUUGGUGGAUGAAAGACCAGGAAGCUUAGAGACAGAUGCUGUGAUAAUUGAUUCUCCAGUUAACACUGCAAUAGAUAAUGGAUUACCGAAACUUGGGGAGGACUUGCCCCUGGUUGAUGAUGUUGAUGAGAAAGAAACCAUAGUCGGUUCAGUUCGGAGGCUUGAAGUCCAAAAUGUGCCUAUCCUGGAAAGGUCAGAAUUAGAUCCAGUGGAACCUAUAGAGAUUGAUUUAGCUGUUCAGUCUGAAUUAGUUAACCCACAAGAUAGACCAGAGGCUGAUGAUGGUAGAAUCAAAGUAAUUGAUAAUUUUGCUGAGGUUAUGGUGAAAGAUGUGUUUGAAAGCAUUUAUGACGACAAAGAAAUUCCUGUAUUGAAGAUUGAUUUAGCUGUUCAGACUAAAUUAGUCGACCCACAAGAUAGACCAGAGGCUGAUGAUGGUAGAAUCAAUGUAAUUGAUAAUUUUGCCGAGGUUAUGGUGAAAGGUGUGUUUGAAAGCGUUUAUGAUGACAAAGAAAUUCUUGUAUCGAAGUCUGACACAGACAUUGAGUGCCUUGAUUAUGAAGUUGAAAAAGAAGAAAAGAUUGUUGACUCAGCAAUAAAUAUAUCAGCCAUCACACAGCAAUGUCCAGAGAAUGAUGAAACAAAAUCCGAAGUGAUCAGGGAACUUGUAAAUGCCAUGAUCUACGGUGGAGAUAACAGCAGAGAAGAGGAAGCUCCUAAUGUCACAGCUGAUGUGGGUUGCAAUCUCCAUUUCCCUAAAGUUGAUGAACUCUACAUACCUGAAAGCUCAGAGGUGGAAGUUCUGGAAGGUCAGAAGGGUGAUCUGUCACCAUCAAACUCUUCUAUUGUAGAAGAUUUUAUAGAGGAUACACAGCAAGGCAUGCUUGAACAAACACCUGAAUUGAAAGUUGAUGAAAAAGGUGAAAGCAGAUCCAGCUCAUUUUGUAGUGGAGACAAUGUUGCAGAUGCUGCUGAACCUGACAAGAUUGGUUCAUCUGUUGGAACUCUCAUUGUUUGUGCACAGGAGAGACCAAAGUUUGAGGAAGUGGAACUGGAACAAAGGACUGCAUGUCACACCAAUGAUUUGUCUAGUGCGAAUCUGGAAACUGGCCAGGGAUCACUGAAGGAACGCAGGUCAGCUUUCCUGAUGUUAGAAGGUGAGGCAAUAUCAUGGCAGGCUUCUGUCUCUAGAGAGAAUCCAGAGGCUGAGGAUGUAGAAAUCCAAAUGAUCCCAACACCUGGAGAUGACAUCGCACCCGACUCGCUUGAAAGCAAGAAUUCGGUCAUUCUGAGUGUUGAGCCUUGCCAAGAAUCGCCUAAGGAAUGCAGUACCGCCUUCCUCAUGUUAGAAGGCCAGCCAAUAUCUUGGCAGGCUUCAGUCAAUAGAGGGACACCAGGUGUUCAAGCCAGAGAAGAGGCUUCAGCCGGAAAUAUUGAUGUUCUUGUAGAGACCAUAAGAGCAGAUACACUGCAAAUUGUAGAUGAGGCAAGCCAGAACUUGAAAGUCCAGGAAUCACAUGGGAAGAGCAUGCAAACGUUUCAUAUCGGUACAGCUGAUGUUGAUACUGAACUGCCUACUUCAGAUCUUGAGUCUCGGAAACCUGAAGAUAUUGAUCCAUCUGACGACAGUUCAGUUCAAAUUGUUGGUGUAGCUAUACCUGUUCGAAUUCCUGAUGCACAAGAUGUUAUCAUUGAGGAAUCAAUUGAUACCAGUCAAAAGCGUAUGUCAUAUACUUAUGAAAUCCCUGUAUCACAGUCUGUGCAAAUGAAACAGAAUGAUCCAAAUGUAGAGAUGGUUACAGUCAAUGAAGAGCAAUAUGAUGAUGAAAAACAAAGUGAUGAUGAGGAAAUAUUUGCUUCAAGUCACAAUGAACAAGAAAUCAGUGAGCUUUCAACUGAUAUCAGUACAGUGAAUGUUGUCCAUACUUUGGAAAGCUCUGAAAUCGAGAAUGUGCAACAGAGAGAAGGGACACGGUCAGUAGAAAGCAUAAUAGAUAUUACUGAACAAAGCUUGACCUCAGAAUCACCUACUGAAAUCCCUAAUGAACAAGAUGAAAGCAGGGAGCAGUUGAGUCAAAUCAAUCAAGUCCAAAUUGUGCAAAUUUAUGAAAGUUCUGAAAGUAAGGUUCAACUGGAAAAGAGUGAUUCAUACGUAAAGACCAUUGUAGUAGAUACAGAACAAAAUGAUGAACGGGAAAUGCCUUCUGAAUUCCCUGAUGAACAAGAUGUAAGUGUUGAGCAGUCAAUUCACAUCAAUGAAGUUCAUAUUGGAGAUUCAAUAGAAAGCCUUGAAGACACUCUUGUGCAAAUUAAAGAGAUUGAUCCAUCUGCAGAGACCAUAACAGGAGAUAAAGUACAAAGUGAUGAUGAGCAAAAGGUUGCUGUAAGUCCUGAUGAACAGGAAAGGAGUGACGAUUUGAUUCAUGUCAGUGAAGUUGAUAUUCCAUCAAAACUGGAAAGUUCAACAGUGGAGGCACCACAACUUGACAAUAGUCAAAACAUUGGCCAGUCAGUCCAUAGCAGUGCAGUCCAAUUUCUGUCUACACCGGAAAUUUCAGCGUUAGAGGUUGUCCAGCCUGAAAGAAAUGAAAUUGUUGAACAGUCAAUCCAUAGCAGUGCAGUCCAAAUUCUGUCUACACCGGAAAUUUCAUUGUUAGAGGUUGUCCAGCCUGAAAGAAAUGAAAUUGUUGAACAGUCGAUUCAUAGCAGUAAAGUCCAAAUUCCAUCAACUUUGAAAAGUUCAACAGUAGAGGAACCACAACCUAACAAUAGUGAAAACAUUGGCCAGUCAGUCAAUAGCAGUGCAGUCCAAAUUCAGUCUACACCAGAAAUUGCAACGGUAGAGGUUGUCCAGCCUGAAAGAAAUGAAAUAUUUGAACAGUCAAUUCAUAGCAGUGCAGUACAAAUUCCGUCGACACUGGGACAUUCAACAGUGGAGACUCCUCUACCUGACAAUGAUGAAAACAUUAACCAAUCAAGAGACAAACAUAUAGUACAAAUUCUAUCUAAGCUUGAGAUUUCAAGAGGGAAGGCUGUCAGACCUAAAGAAAGUGAUCCUUCUGUAGAGACCAGGUUAGUCAACAUGCCUAAAGAUUUUGCAGCUGAUGAUAAUUCUGACAUAAUGGAUUAUCUUGUGGACGUCAUGAUGGAGAAUGAUGUCUUCUACGAUGUAGAUGUUGACAAAGAAAGUCCUGCUGUGCAGUUUGACCUGGCUGAUGAAUCCCCAGUGUCUGAAAUGGUGAAACAUGAACAUAUUAAGGACUCCAAGGUAAUCUUAUCAGCCAACAAAGAGGAAAACCCAGACAACGAUGAAUCAAGAUCUCAAACAAUGGAUGGACUUGUAGAUGCAAUGACAAACUUUGGUUACAUGAUGCAGAAUGUUGGUGUAGCAACUGACAAUUUGACCCUGGCCCAAGAAAGAGAAGGCACUAGUCGCACGAUUCAUAUCCGUAAAGUCUAUCAUGUGCAUACACGUACUAGCUCAGAGCUUGAGCGUAUGAAUGGCCAAGAGAGUGAUCUCUCACCCUUGCUCGUGUCUGCCAGUGCACAGGAAACCCACGAAGCCAAUGCUGUGGAACUUGGUUUGAGUGACAGACCUGCAGAGACUGUGAUAGCUAACACAACACAAAGUUUUGAUCACUCAUGUCCUGCAAAAUCUGAUGGCUUGGAUGGAAGAAGCUUCCUUAGCAUCCAGACUGUGCAGAUGCUGCAUAGUUCUGAACAGUCCAUGCAACCCCUCAAUCAGGAACCAAACAACCCCAGUUUGGCAAGCUCUCUUAUGAAGGACCCAGAAGUUGUGGUGAUGCAGACAGAAGUACAGCUGCAGGAACUGCCUCCUGUCGAAGCAGCUAUAAGGGACAGUAGAACUUCACAGUCAAUGACCAUUCUAAAUACCUCUGAAAUAUCAAUAUUACCUCAAGAUCAGGUACCAUGCUACCUGAAUUCCGCAAGCUCCUUUAUCAAUGACCCAGAAGUUGUGACGCAGACAGAAGUGAAACUGCAGGAACUGAAAUCUCUUGAUCUGGCAAACUCACCAGCACCUGACCCGGGCUGUACAGAUGCUAUUGAUAUCACUUAUUCACCUCCACCAGUGGGCCUUACCAAUCUCUUCGUGGCCGCUUCUUUGUCCAACGUUGAUACUUCCAUGGCCGAUCUGGACAAGGAGUACCGCAACAUCUUCCAGGCGGUCAGCGACCUCUGCUACUGGACCAACGUCACCCAUCAGAAACUGACCAACCUGGAGCCGGUCAGCAAGGACAUUCCAACUCUGACCUUCCAGCUCGAGAAGCACAAGAACUUCCUUGAGGAGAUUGUCCACCAGGAGAAACCCAUCAAGGAAUCCCUGACCAAUGCCGAACGCUUCAUCCUCCACAACAAGGACAAGUACCUCAAGCAGGAGCAGCAGAAGGAACUCAACACCAAGAUGAGUGACCUCCGUACAGGUCACACUGAGAUUGUCUCCUUGGCUGAGGCCCGACUUAGAGAGCUCCAGAACGCCCUUGGCCAUCGUCGGAAGGAGAAGGAGGAGAUGACUGUACUUGAAAGACGGUACAGAGAGGAGGUUACCAAUCUUCAGAACUUGCUCCGCUGGCUGUCCGAGACUGAGCAUGCCAUGGGUUCGGCUCAACCUCAGAGCGAACAAGUGCAACCCCUCAAUGAACAACUGAAUAAGAUGAAGGCCUUGAGAGACGAUGUGGUCGGCCGCGAACGUCCAGUCCGCGAGUGCACCGAGAACGUCCUCCACUUCCUGCAGAGCCAGGGAGAGCGGCUCAGCCGGGACGAACGGGACAACCUCCAGCAGAGUGUCUCUGAGCUGCGGAUGCGGUACGAGCGCCUCAACGAUCAGGCCAACUCCCGCGUCGCCCAGCUAGGAGAGGCUUUCGACUACCUGCGAGGGUUCGACCGGGAUGUCGCUGGCUUCGAGCACUGGGUGGACGAGAGGAUAAAGACCAUUCAGGGAUUUAGCCGGGAUGCUGGACGUGACAUCAAUGUCCUGAAGAAGCAGAGCGGUCAGCUCCAGACCCUCAAUGCUGAUAUUCAGUCACAUCGGGAUGACUUGAACAAGAUCAAUGUCUCUGGACAAGGAUUCCUCAACAAUGCUAAGGGAUACCAACAAUUGCUGAAGGAGUUCCGAGCCAACGCCCUACCACGCCAGUUCAACAAGACCUUCACAGAAGCCCCAGACUCCAACAUCAUCAAUGAACGACUCCUGCGUCUCAAUGAUAAAUUUGAAAGACUCAUGGCCAACUGUGACAAUACCAAUCGAAAAUGGCAGGAUCUGAUCUCAAAGCAUCAGCAAUAUAACGAGAACCUGACCAGUACCCGGACCUGGACCCAGAAUGCUGAGCAGACCCUCUCCAGGCUCCUACAGGAACCAGUAGCCGCAGAACCAGUGGCAGUUCAGCAACAGAUCGAUAACCUUAGGACAUUCAAUGAUGACAUCAUCACCCAUUCCAACGACAUUGAUCGAUGCAAGGAGGCUGGAAAGGAACUGGCUGAUGUCCAGGAUGAAGUCAAGAAUGAUGUCCAAAAGUCAAUAACUGACAUCCAGGAGAGAUACAACCGGAUGGAACGACAGGUUGCCGAGCGUAGCAACACCCUCCAGAUGACCCGUAUGCAGUGUCUCAGCCUCCAGGACUCCCUGCACAGCCUUCUGAUCUGGCUGGAGGAGAAGGAGAACACCUUCGACAAGCUGGAGAAGGGCACCCGUAUGAUGAUCAAACGGAAUGCCCUCAUGGAGCAGUUGCAACAGCACAAGCUUUUGCAAACUGACAUCGACAGUCACAAACCGAGCGUCGAGUCGGUCAACGAAUCCUCUGCUGAGCUCAUCCGGGAGUGCGACCCCAAGAUGGCCCGCAACAUCCAGGGCCGCCUGGACGACCUCAACUCCCGCUUCGAGAGGGUCAUCGUUCGUGCUCGUGGACGCAAGGAGCUUCUGGGGUCCCUCCUGGACAAACUGAACUUGCUCCUGGAGGAGGUUGGUGAUCUGGAAGACUGGCUCCUUCCGUUGGUGGAUUCUCUGGAGUCCAGGGAUAUCUCCAGGAUGGAGCUCCCAGAGCUUGGAAACAGACUGGAGGACAUCAAGCAGCAGGUUGAAAACCGCAAGCCGCAGUAUGAACACAUCCAGACCCUGUGCAAGGAACUGAUGCAGGAGGCCCGCAUGAACGACACCACCUACGUUUCGGACAUCCUAGAAAACGUGGGCCAGAACUGGAAGUGCAUGGACCUGGCCCUGCAGCGAAGGCUGUCCCAGUGGGAGCAGCGCAGCGAGGCCUUCCAGAAGUUUGACGGGAAGGUCCGGGAAGGGAACCGCUGGUUGGAUGGCAUGGAGGACAAGGUCCAGCACCUUCAGCCCAUUGCCAGAGACAGCGAGACUAUCAACAUCCAGAUCCGCCAACUUGAGCCUCUGCAGCAAGAGUACGUAGCCUACAGACCCAACAUGGAGGAUAUCCGCAAGCUUUGCCGUAACCUUGAUACCGUCACCCGGGAUGCCUCUCUUCCGCUGGCCAUUGCCCCCAGACGUUCCAGCCUGGCCAUCUCUCCAAGAGACCGGUCAAGUAUGUACCAGAGGAACAUAUCUGCGGUGCCCAAAGAGAGUGAACGCAAACGCACCUCUUUCCUUUAUGAAGAGACCACAGAGGCUCAGCGCAUCACCACCCGAACCAUCGACCGUUACGACGCCCUCGGCAACAAGCUGACAUUCCGCCGUGAGGAGUUGGAUGCCUUCCUCAACCUCUCCAAGCUCUUCAACGACAAACUUCGCUCUGUCACUUCCCAGCAGGAUUGGCUGUCCCAUCUGGAGGCACAACUGGACUCUCAGGGUCCGCUCAGCAGCGAUAUCAACCAGCUCGAGCAACAGCUCAGAGGCAUGCAGGAUGUGAAGAGUGAGCUGGGUGACAACAGGCGCUCCAUCGAAGAGAUCAUCACUGCCAUUGAGAUGUUCCUCAGGGACCACAAGGAUCGUCUGAGCCCCGACCAACAGGAUGCCCUCCAGAGACGCAUCUAUGACCUUCGCACUCACUUUGAUCAGGCAAACUAUAAGGCCGCAGAUUCCGUUCGCAAGAUGCAAGAUCAGUUGAACUUCUUGAAAGAGACGGAAGAGAAGAUUGAGACUCUCCAGAACCUUCUGGAAUGGGUCAGUGACAUCGAGCGUCAGCUGGUCCUGCAGCAGCAGAUGAAUGAAGAGAUGAGACCACUCAAUGAUCAAAACAGACAACAGAAGGUGAUUCAUGAAGACGUCAGGAAGCAUCACGAGGAUGUGAUGCUGGCUGUUCACAACGGUCAGUUCUUGCUGGACAGCCAGUCGGACAGACUGAGUGACAGAAGCAAGUCUGCUCUAAGGGAUUAUUCAGCUGAUCUCAAGAACCGCUACGAGAAUGUCAGCUCUGAAUCUGACUCCCGCACAACCCUUGUCAACUCUGGGCUUGGCGAGGUCCAGAAGUUUGAUCGCGAGUACACAUCCUUUGACACCUGGCUUUGCUCUGCUGAGAGAACUCUUGAAGCCUACCUGUUGGACGUUGCAAGGGACAGGGACGGCCUCCGCAAGCAGGUCAACAAGAUCCAACCCUUCAACGAGGAGGUUGUUUCACACUCUGCCGAUCUGCGCUUCAUCAAUAUGUCUGGACAGAAGUUCCUUGGUGAAAACCAGGUGUACAAGCAGAGGCUAGCCGACUUCCGCGACAUGACACAGACUGCCAAGCAGUACCUGCGCAACUUCAGGGAGGAGCCGGACUCCCACAUCAUCUCGGACAAGCUCAACGACAUCAACGACCGCUACGCCCGGCUCAAGAUGCGCUGCAACGAGCACACCCAGCGCAUCCUGAACCUCCUGGGGCUGCACGAGAAGUGGCGCUUCUCAACGGAAGCGGUCACGACCUGGAUCGAGGAUGUGCACGUGACCAUCCAAGAUAUGGAGAGACAACCUGUUGCAGAGGACAGGACAAAGGUCCAGGAGCAGAUUGACCAAGUCAAGGUUGUUCACGAUGAUGUUGCUCGCCAUCUGAAGGACGUGGAAAAGGUGAAGGCAGCUGGAAAUGAACUAGCAGAGGCACAGCAAGAUCUCAAACCCAGCAUUGACAAGACAGUCAACGAGAUCGUCAGCAAGUAUGACACCCUGAACACCAACCUUGCCCGGAAAGACGUGGACCUCCAGAAUGCCCUAGCCGACAUGCAGGGUCUCCAGGACGGCAUGGACACAACCCUUAGCUGGUUGGAUGAUCUAGAGAGGAGGGUUGGUCGACUAGAUGGAGCAAAGGUCACUGUCAAGAAGGAGCCUAUCUUGGAUGAGAUCCAGAACGUUAAGUUGAUUGACCAAGAGCUCCAGAGCAGACGACCAACCAUAGAGGCCCUCCAGGACAAGGCCAACAAGCUCUCCCAGUCUGGCAACCCAGCCACGGCCCGCCAGAUGCGCAACAACAUCGACAACCUCAACCGGCGCUACGACGCCCUGGUCACGACUUCUGGCCAGUAUAACGAGGAUCUCCAUGAUAUGCUGGAUUCCUUGGGGAAGCUUUGCGAGGAUGUGGAUAACCUUGAGGAUUGGGUGUUCCCGACCCUCGAUGUCCUGGAGUCCAGGGAACUCAAGAAGCAGGAGAUACCUGACAUUGACAGUGUCACUAAGAGGAUUGCACGUGAGGUUGAGGACCAUACGCCAGAGUACAAGCGCAUCAAGCGAGUCGCAGAUGAUCUGAUCCGUCACAAGCGCACCCGGGAUGCAACCUUUGUCACUGAUCUUAUGCGCAGCUUUGAUCGUAACUGGCAGACCAUGGAGGAGGCCCUCACAAGACUGAACACCUAUCUGAAGGAGAGGAAGGAUGUCCAUGACAAGUAUCGCAAUGCUGUCAAGGUGGUCCUGAUGUGGUUGGACUCUACAGAAGACAAGUUUGAACGCCUUCCAGACAUUGCCAGAUCCCUUGCUGAACUCAAGAAUCAGCUCGAACAGAUGAAGCCCCUGAACCGUGAGGUGACUGGUUUCAAACCCAAGGUUGACCAGACCUAUGAGCUUGGAAAGACCCUGGACGCCCUCAUUCAAGCCGCAGAGACAGUAGUGACCAACAGGAGGCGCUCUACCCAAGUUGCCAGCGGACAGGUGGCACGCACAGAACGUCGUGUAGUAGAGAUCCAACAGAACUUCCAAGUCUCUGAAGACACAGAGGUGAUGCGAGAGGUCCGCAACCUCCGCAACCGCUACGACGCUCUCAGCAAGAACGUCCAACUCCGGGAGGACAACAUCACAGACAUGUACGAGAUCAUCCGACAGUAUGAGGAGCGCAACAAGGACCUCCAAGGGCUCCUAGACUGGAGCCGACCCAUCAAGGCCCGUCUCAAGGAGCCCAUACCGGAUGUCAAGGAUGUGGCCUCGCUUCAGAACCUCAUCACGGAGCACAAGCGUCUCCACGAGGAGCUCCUGAACAGGCGAUCACACACCAACGAGGUCAUCCAGAAUGCGGAGCACUUCCUCCAUGACCACCGCUCCAAGCUCACGAAGCCUCAGGUCGACGAGAUGCAGAAGCGCAUCGAGGAGCUGAGGGAGUACUACGACACCCUGACCGAUCUUUCCAGGGAGAAGCUGUCUAAGCUUAGAGAGAUGCUCAAUCAACUGGAACAGGAUCAUCGUGACAAGGCCAGUCUUGAGCAGGAGACCAAGCGUCGCGUUGACACGUUGGUUGAACUUCUGGACUGGAUCACGGUGGCAGAGCGUAACCUUGGAAACGAGCAGCCAAUCAUGGAACAGCGCAAGGCACUCGGCCAACAGAUACAGAACCAUAAGGCUAUCAAUGAAGACAUCUUGGCCCACCAGCAGCCUGUCCUGUUGGCCGUCCACAACACCGAGUCCUUCCUGGAUCGCAGGAGCUCCCAGCUCAGCCCGGAGAUCUGCAACAAGCUCCAGGAGGGCAAGACCUCCUUGAAGAGCCGCUAUGAUGUUGUCCAGAAGGAGGCGGAGACCCGAGCCAAGCAGCUCGGCGUGGAGGAGGAUGAGCUGGAGCACCUGGAGCCAGAUAUGGCCGAAUUUGACAAGUGGCUCACCACGGCUGAGAGGGAUGCCAGGCAGUUCUUUGAGAGCUUUGGCUCCGAUACGCAAUCUCUUCAGAAACAGAUCCAAGAUCUGAAGAACUUCAACAACGACAUACUGGCUCAUAAGGGCGACCUCCGAGUCAACAACAUGUCCGGUCAGAAGUUCUUGAAGGGUGCCGACAAGUACAAGGGUACCCUGACCGACUACCGGACCAACGUCAUGCCGGCGCAGUUCAACCGCCAAUUCCGGGAAAACCCUGAUCAGAACAUCAUCGGCGCCAAGCUGACCGACCUCAACCAGCGGUAUGAACAGCUCUUCAAUUCCUGCGAUGGUCAGUACAAUAACCUGAGUGAUCUGCUUGAGCGGUUGACGCGCUUCAAGGGAUCCGUAGAAGGCAUGGAGACAUGGUUGCAGGAGGCCUAUGACACUCAGGGCCGGCUUAUGAAGGAACCAAUUGGAGCUGAGCCAGAGUUCAUCAAGAAGCAGAUUGAACGUGUUCAGAUGUUUUAUGAAGAGGUUGUCAAACAUGGUCAUGACAUUGACAGGGUCAAGGACGCAGGUUGUGACCUCUAUGAAAGUCAUCCAGAGCUGAAGCCCGGUGUCGAGCGAACAGUCGCUACCAUAGAUGAAAAGUACAAUGCCCUUCUCAAGCAGUACGUGGCCCGCAUCAAUGUCCUUGGCAACGCCUUGGCCCAGUCCCAGGACUAUGAGGAAAACAUCUACUCCAUGAAUCAGUGGUUGGAGUCCCAUGAGCGGACCAUGACCCAGAUGGAGAGCUCACCCCUCAUUGCUAGGAUGGAGCCCCUCCAGGAAUGCGUCACCAACACCAAGACCUUCAGCAACGACCUCCAGACCAUCAAGCCAACCGUUGACAACAUCAACAAGGUCUCCAACUCCCUUAUCCGGGAGUCAGAACCAGAGAUGGCCCGCAGCAUCCAGACCAAGAUGGACAACGUCAACCAACGCUACGGCGACCUGCAUCAACGCAACGACACCUACUCGACGACGGUGACCACCACGUACGAGACGGUGACGGUUGUGGAGGAUUCUGUGGAUGAUCUGGAUGACUUUGUGUUGCCUGCCAUUGAGAAACUGAGCUCGCCGCAGUUCAUGAGACAGCAGCCAAAGACCAUCAAUCGGGAACUUGAUUCCACCAAGCAACAGAUGGACCAGCACUACCCCAAACUGCAGAAGAUCAGAACGCUGUCAGAAGAAGUCAAGAACAGCCCCAACGUCAAGGAUGCAACCCAUGUCACUUCUCUUGCCAAGACAUCGGACCAGAACUGGAAUACUCUCAAUGACAUCUAUAACACAAGGAGAACACAGGCCCAGGAACUUCAAGGGGCUCAGGACCGGUAUAGCAACAUCAACACAGAGUUUGAGACCUGGAUCAACACUGUAGAGCGGAAGUAUGACAGCCUGCCCUCUGGUGUCAAGGACCAGUCGUCCCUCGAUCGCCAGGUCACGGAAAUCACGCCCCUGCACAGCGAAGUCACCAAUGCUGUGAAGCGCAUGGACGAGGUCAAACAGGCUGGGCAGACGCUGGGUCAACUACAGAGGGAGGUAGAGAAGCCCAUUGCGUACACCGUGCAGCGCUCCAAGGAGUACAGCAUGCCACCGAUAGUCUCCACGGAGAAGAAGCCUCGCACCAUCGAAGAGGUCCAGAGAAGCUUCGCCGAGCCCCAAGAGUCUCCCAUUUCCCAAGAGAUCACCACACACAACACCCGCUACGACACCCUCUUCAAGAACCUGGGCAGCCGUCUGGACGACCUGGAGCUGAUGCGACGUCUGAUGGCGCUCAACGACGACGGCAGCAAGCUCGUCGACUGGGAGAUCACCACGGAUAGCCGGCUCGAGAGGGAAGUCCCGACCAGCAAUGAUAUCGACACCCUUGAGAAAGAGAUCAACAACUAUAAGGAAAUAUGUGAAGAUGUCCAGAGGCAUGGCCAGCCAGUGACUGAGACAUCAGCAAAUAUUGACACCUUCAAUCGGGACAAUGCCCCUCGCCUUUCCCGUGACCAGCAGAACCAGCUGUCUGACCUCUCCAACACCCUGCGUACCCGCUAUGACGAUCUCACCGCGAGGUCCAGGCGUGACUUGACCGAUUCGGAGGAGAGGCUUAGGAGAUUGAGGGCUGAACAGGAUGAGAGUGCCAUGAUCAGGUCGAUGGUUGAGAGUCUGUCUGCCGGGCUGCUACAAGAGUCUGACUGGAUCGACACUGCUGAGAAGAGGCUUGGCUCAGAGCAACCCCUCAACGAGGAGACGGUUCCUCUACAGCGUCAAGAGGCAGAACAUCAGGAUCUCAACGCCGACAUCACCGCCCAUCAAGUACCCAUCGUAAAGUCUGUCCAGGACACGCAGAGCUUCUUGAACAAGUACGGUGACAAGCUGCGGCCCAACGACAGGUCCAGGCUUCAGGAGGGUGCAGAUACUCUCAAAGGCCGCUAUGAUACAGUCUCAAAGGAAUCUAACCAGAGAAACAACAAGAUCGGCUACUCCUCCAAUGACCUGAACAAGUACGAGAAUGAGGGCGGUACCUUCAAGCAGUGGCUGGGAGACGCGGAGAGGCAGUUGGCCAACGCCAAACGCAACGUGCCGGAGGACUAUGAAGCUCUGAAAUCCAAGCUUGAUGAGCAGAAGGAGUUCACCGAGGAUGUCAACGACCACAAGGGCGACCUCAAGUUCAUCAACAUGACCGGACAGAAGUUCCUUGAGAACGCCAAGAACUACAAGUCAGACCUGUCCCAGUUCAGGACUGCAGUCCUUCCUCGUGAGUUCUCCCGCCAGUUCCGUGAGAACCCCGACACCAACAUCAUCCACUCCAACCUGACUGACCUCAAUGACCGCUACUCCCGUCUCAAGAUGGACUCUGCCGACUUCUUGGCCAGGCUGACCGAGGUGGCUGGCCGCCAGAAGCGUUACAACAAGGCGGUCAACUACAUAGAUGGCUGGCUGACCAGCUCCAGGACCAAUCUGGACCAGAUGAUGCGGGAACCGAUCGCUGCGGAACCAGCUGAGAUCCAGAAGCAGAUUGAUCGUCUCAAGAACUUUUCUGAUGAUGUGGUCAUGCAUUCCGAUGAAGUACAGCUGGUGGAUACCACAGGCCAGUCUCUUGGUGAGAUCGUACCAGAGUUGAAGCCCCAGAUCAAGCGUACAACUAGUAAGUAGAACUGAUGC